CGGUGCGUGACACACGGGUGUCGAGGAAAAUUCCUGUUAUGUCGCUACGGUGUAAUGUAAAUCAUGCGUACUUAGAUAAAGCACUAGGCUCCUCCCCUGCCUACGAUUGGUCGCGUAGCGCGCAUUACCCAACCAAUGCUGCGGCGAGAAUUGCAUUUGGGCAAGCAUGAAGGGCGGGCAUUGGAUGAGCAGACUCGAACGGCGCUUAACAGUAAGCUAAGCGAUCAAAAUCGCACAGUGUUGGUCGCUGUGUUCUUCGGAGUUGCACAUGAACUUGGACUGUCUCCUUUGCCGACAAUAGAGGGCGCCAGGGAACAGAUUUGGUGCAAGGUGUUGCCACUGAUUCAAGGAGAUCGCGCUUCAACAAGAACUUAUUGUGCAGACUUUCGAAAGCAUAACUGCGAACCUUGAGUCAAGAGCAGUCAAUUAAAUAAACGCUUUGUUUUCAAAAUCAGUUUUCUUGAAUUUGGUAUACGACCAUCUGAUUGAAUUUUUCUUGCUACAGUGCACGUUCUCAGCGAAGAAAGAGUCUGGAUCUGCAGUGGUUGUUCGUGGAAUGACUCAUCAUCAUCAUCAUCAGUCUCUCUAGCUGCCAUCCUUCCAAACCGGCAGCCGUGUUGAUUUUGUGAAGAAAUUUCAAUUGGAAGAUAUCUCUUGGAGCACACGCCUGACAUCUUCUGCUUGCUAAAGGAUUCUGACGAUCGUUUUUGCGCAUCAUCACCCAAAUUAUUUGUUCUUCUGCACAUCGUCUACUUGUGGCUGCACCUGAGAUCGAUAUCCAGGUCUAAGUUCCAGGAACUUGUGAAUCAAUCGAAUUGCUUCUGUGACCAAUUAACGUUGGACAAGACAACCCUUCAGAGCUGUCUCUAUGAAGCCAUCCGUCUAACGCUGUGUCGGGUCUGACCCAUGCGGACAGUUGUUCCAGUCAUCUCUCUGCUCACUUCGUCGCGCGUUCAUGGACUUAAGCGUCCCCAAGCGGCCCAGCACACCCCCGCCGCCGGCCCCCCUGCGGCCGCUCUAUCAUCCGUCCUCUCCCGUGUCGCCACCGCUGACCGGCAUGGUGCACUUUCCCGCUCCUACCGCAACCUCUCCGCACAGGCCACCGCCAACCACCGGCCUUACCUCGUCGGCACCCUCGGCCGGGGUCUCCGUAGAGCCGCCUGCCUUCACGACGGGUCUUCUUCCCGGUAAUCUUAGUCCGCUGUAUUUAAAUACAAGACUCGGUGAGACUUUGCCUCAACCUAGGAUGGUCCACGAUUUUUCUCCAUAUGGGCUAAGACCCUACGACUUUGCUCGACAACUCCUUACCUCACAGACUGCAGUAAACAAAAUACUAGGUUCUUCAACCUCUCCUAUUACAUCUGUGCCCCUUUUGGCGAAUAGUCGAUAUUACGAGACAGGAUCUCUUCGUCCAGGUAUCAUCGGGGGCAGCAAGCCCAAAGUGGCCACACCCGUAGUCGUCGCCAAAAUUGAACAAUACAAGAGGGAAAAUCCCACCAUAUUCGCUUGGGAAAUCAGGGAAAGACUCAUAUCUGAAGGUGUGUGUACUAACAGCACGGCCCCCAGUGUGAGUUCGAUCAACAGAAUUCUCCGGAACCGGGCAGCUGAGCGCGCGGCCGCGGAGUUCGCCCGGGCGGCCGGAUACGGAAUGUACCACCCGUAUGCGGCUGCUGCGGCCUUUCCCUGGAGCGCUGCCGCUGCAGCAGCAGCUACCACGCCCCACAUGUGGCCCACUUUUCAUGCCGGAUCGGCCGGACCUCUUCCCACCGGAUCGCCAGUUGACCCCACAGCGAUGGCCGGACUCAAUCCCCUCAGAGACCAAAGGCAAUCGGCGGACAAAGAUCUGGACGAAUGCGCCAGUUCCGAUUCCGGAGACCGACCGAAAUUCCGCAGGAACCGCACCACCUUCAGUCCAGAACAGCUUGAAGUUCUGGAAGAGGAGUUCGAAAAGACCCAUUACCCGUGUGUCAGUACGCGAGAACGAUUAGCGGCCAAAACAAACCUUUCAGAAGCCAGAGUUCAAGUAUGGUUUUCUAACAGACGAGCAAAAUGGCGACGCCACCAGCGCAUGAACAUGAUGAAGCCGGUGAAUGGGGUCGUCCCACCUACAUCUCCGACCCCAAGCCUCAGCCCAGUGCCUUCUCCAGAACCACCCUCUAGUCAGCCCCAGCCUCCAAGACUGAUGGAGCACCUGCCCAAAAUGGGAGGCGAGAAUUCUGCUUUCACACCGGCUUCACGACAAACUUCUUCGUCGCCAUCUUCAGAAUGAAUAACUUUGCCAUGUUACUCUGACCUCAAGACAUCAUUGUUGGUGUGUAAUGACAAACUGCCAAAAGGCUGCUCUCUUCAUGAUGUGUAUUCAUUUACCAUAAUAAUCAUCUCACUCAUCGCCUCAUCGCAAACUUCAAAGACUGCACUGGAAUCAACCCAUUUUGUGGUCAGAUUCACAGAUGAACUGAUGCAAGAACUUUACAAGGUAACGACAGGAGUGUUUGCAUAAAUUUGGAAACUGCUACAGUUGUCAUAAGUAGUGAUCUGUAAAACCGAACAAGGAAAGUUCCUUCGGUAGUUAUGAAAAGUAUGUUAUUCUUGUAUAUUUCAUUUUAGAAUCGAAAAGGUAAUACCGCCAGACAAUUUCAUUUAUGUUCGGUUUUAUCAGAUGUGGAGAUGCGAAUUUUACUUCUGUAAUAUAUUUGUUCCGUGAAAGAUAUUCAGAAUUAAAUUUCAAAUCAGCUUAAUAAUUAAAUCAGGGCUUCUUAAACAAAGAGACUCGACCUUAAUGUGAAUGCGAAAUCUUUAACAGCAAAUGUUUUUAUCAAAUUUUUUAAGAAUAGAGUGAAAAAUAUUUCGGGCAACUAUCUUGAUUUGAAAUAUUACAUUGAACAUAUAAUAUUACUUUUAACAGAUGUAUUUAACUCAGCUGUUCUUAAAUUUAUGAUUAAUUAAUAAUUCAUUAUUUAUUUUGUUUCUUACA